UGGAUGCAUUCUAGCACUUCUUUUUUUAUUUUUUUAUUUUUACCAAUACGCCCAAAUCCUCUACCCGACAUAUAUCUUAUUAUCUGGACCUCCUUUUUUUUAAUUUGUGGCAACGGACGCGUGAAAUCAAGGAGGGACGGAUUCGUCAGCCCUGCUCGGUGCUGGAUACCGAUGUAGGAUUUCGACAUGCCCAGCGCUGACGACCCCAACAACGGCGGACGAUUAUGACUACAUCGGCGAAUUGGGUGGCUAACGGGGCAAGCCUUGAGGACUGCCACUCCAACAUCUUCUCUCUGGCGGAGUUGACGGGCAUUAAAUGGCGCUGCUACAGCUUCCGUGGCAGCGGGGAGUACGGGCCGGUGAUCUCGGCCCCGGCCCAGGACGACCCGGUGCUGCGCAGCUUCAUGCGCUGCGUGCAGGCCAACCUGCUGUGCGUGUGGCGGCGCAAGAUAAAGCCCGACGCAAAGGAGCUGUGGAUCUUCUGGUGGGGCGAGGAGCCCAACCUCUCUGACGUCAUCCAUCAUGAGCUGGAAGUGGCAGAGGAGGGACUGUGGGAGUGCGGACUGUCCUACGAGUGCAGGACUCUCCUGUUCAAGGCCAUUCACAACCUGCUGGAAAGGUGUUUGAUGGAUAAAGGAUUUGUGCGACUCGGGAAGUGGUUCUUCAAGCCACACGACCUGGAAGAGAAGACUCUGGGCAACAGUGAACACCUGUCAUGUUCCUUCACCUUCUUCCUCCACGGGGAGAGCAACGUGUGCACAAGCGUGGAGAUCGCCCAGCACCAGCCCGCGUACCACAUCACAGAACACCACAUCCGUCUUGUGCAGACCUCCAUUACGCCAGUGCAAGUGAUCCUGAGUCCAUACGGUCUGAGUGGCACUCUCACCGGUCAGGCCUACAAGAUGAGUGACCCGGCCGUACGGAAGCUGAUGGAGGACUGGAGCUACUUCUACCCCAUGGUGCUCCAGCAGAAAGAGGGGGGCGGAGAGAAGGAGAAAGAGGAAGCCAGUCAGGCCUACGGUCCCAACAGUCACGUGGCUGUGGAGGUCAUCGUAGGUGGAGUGAGGAUGACCUACCCAGCUGCUUUUGUGCUGCUUGCCCAGGGGGACCUACCGGUGGAGCAGCCUCCACCUGUUCCUGCGGCUCAGGGCCUCAGCAGGGAAUCGAACCACUGCAGCGUGCCGCUCACGCCGCCAACGUCCCCGGAACAGCCCUGCUCCGCGGACAGUGGCUUUGUGACCUCUGUUUCCAGUGUUCCCACAAUGGACAGCAGCAUGGGGGUCGCUAGCGUCAGCCCAAAGCAUUCUGGGAAGAAACUCACGUGUCAGGUGGUGCACCAGGCCUGGAGGGAGUGCUACCUCAGCCAGCCUAAGCAUGUACCGAACCCACCAUCUGACUCCACGCCUAAGAAGGAAGUGCCAAAUGGAGUUACCACAUGGGACUUCAAUGAUCUGGGAGCGAGAGCGCCCUGCAGCUGCUCCAGGGUGAGGCAGCAGAAGCUAAACCUGACCAAUACAUCCAGUGCCAACACCCAGACCAGUGCCAACCCCACUCAGCCCUCCGGGCCGUCAUUAUACUCUCCCUCCCUGCCCAAACACAAGACAAGUGAGAAGACAGAGAAGGCGGACAAACAGUCCAAGAGGCCAGCCAUGAUCUCCUUCCACCACCGUCUAUCUGUCAUGCAGGACUCCCCUCUGGAACAGGACUCGCCGGGAGGGCCCCAGCUCGGGGGUCUUGUGGCGCUGGAGCCAUCCAUGGAGCCUCUGGCCGCGCUGCCGACUUGCAAGUAUCCCAAAAUGCUCUCCCGGAAAGCUGGCGAGUCCCUCCUCCAUUCACCGAUGUCUCCGCUACCACCCACGCUCAGCCCGCACCCCCGGGUGCAGGACCCAGAGGUUCUGGACGGGCCCGUGGAUAUGCCUAUGUGUCCAGACGGAGUGUCAGGUCUGGGGCUGAUUAGCAGCGAGACAGCUGUGUAUACAGCUCUCCUGAGGCAGAGGGAGAGUGGAGCCGUCUGGUGGAGAGGCUUCAGGACGCCCAGAACUGAUAAGACUGACUUCAGACCCCCCGAACUCCCCGCUGAUAAAUUAGAGGAAGUGAAGACGGAGGCGUUCACGGAAGGAGCUCCGCUAAAGAGACUAUACACACAGACUCUCAAGAGGUUUAAAAUCUCAGAGGACAGGGUGAAGGAACACAUCCACACGUUGGGGCUGUUCCAGCAGCCGGGGGUGGAGACACUGCGCGAGCCCGGGGAGGAUCCCUACGACUUUAAAGAAGGAGACAUCGAGUACACUUUCUCCUCCUCCAAACGGUUAAAGGGCCAAGGACGAGAACCCAGCAAGAAGGCCAAGGGAGAAGAAAUCACCAGCAAUGGAGUGCUGCCCGAUGGGAAAGACGCUAUGUCCAUUUUUAACUCGGCACCAAAAUCAGAUGUUUGUGCGGCUGGAGAUGAAUCGGGUCAGGACGACGCAGCCGCCAAAGCGAAUCCUUCUCUGACCAGAGAAAAAGAUCUGGUGGUUAACAUCUCUGAUCUCGACAACAUCUUUGACGAAGACGAGGACGAGCUGGGGCACUCAACAAAGCAGCCGCUGUCGACUGAAGAUCGCCCCCAUGGGAAGGAAGGGAGAGUUGCAGUACCUUAUCCAUCAACAGUAGCAGACCUCCAGCGAAUGUUUCCCACCCCGCCCUCUCUCGAGCAGCACCCGGCCUUCUCCCCCAUCACGACGUAUCGUGACACCCCGAGCCAAGAGCCCCCCGCGCCCAGCGGAGCAGCCGACCACAUGGCGACUUUAGCCGCCAUGCACCUCAAUGAGUACAGGAUGGAGAUGGAUGAGGGCAUGGCCAGCCCCAGGCAGGAGGAGCUCAAGCCACAAAUAGGUUCCUCCAUGUUUGCCCCACUGUCCUGCCUACCCAGCCAGACUCUACCGCCACUCAAGCUUCCUGACCAGUGUUACUACCGUCCAUCCUGGGCCCUCAUGCCCAAAAUGGAGCAUUUCCCUGCAGUCAUGCAUCCCCAGAAUAACCCUUUCAUCAAGGAUGGAUACACAAACGUCCCCAGCGUCACAGACCAGGAGUAUGCACAGAUGAGCGGCAACUCUGCUUCUGUGGGCACCACGGUUGGCAUCCUCCCGUCUCCUGCCACUCCCCGCUUCUCCGUGCCCACGCCACGCACCCCUCGCACGCCGCGGGGUAUCAACGCUGCGAGCUCUGGGCACGGCUCGGUGAAGCAGGACGGUACCGAGCUCAGCUCACCUGCCUCCACCAGCAUGCCUCUCAGCUCGGUCGAGCCCCAAGCCCGGCCAGGACCCUCCCUGCCCGAGGCCCACAGCCUGUACUCUAUCUUGCUUCUGUCAGACUCCGUCCUCAAUGUCUUCAAGGAUCGCAACUUUGACAGCUGCUGUAUUUGUGCUUGCAAUAUGAAUGUCAAAGGAGCAGAUGUGGGGGUGUACAUCCCUGAUUCCACCUGCGAAGAUCAGUACCGUUGUAUGUGUGGCUUCAGUGCCAUCGUGAACAGGCGGCUGGCCCACGGCACGGGCCUCUUCCUGGAGGACGAGCUGGAUAUAUACGGUCGGACUUCUGAGGUGGGCCGGGCAGCCGAGAGGAGGCUGGCUCUUUGUCGGCGGGACCCAACGAUGAGAGACCCCAGGGCCAAGCGGCCUCAGGACGCGGCGCCGGCCUCGCCAGCGGUCAUGAUUCUUCUGCAGGAGCAGUGCUCCCAGCCCAUUUCCUCCCUGACAGCACUGCACCUCCCUCUCAGCUGUUCCUGUCACGGCCGCAAGGGGGCACUGCUGCAGAGCUGGAUGUCUGAGAAGCAGUGGGCAGACGGGAGUGAUGCCUGCGUGGAGUGUUACAAUGCCUUGGAACAGGGGCUGCAGUACGUGGAUAACUCCACAGGAGGGAAAGUAGAUCCAGCUGUUGUCAGAAGUACAGCUCUUCACUCCUGGCCGCACACUAAUGUGGUGGACAUGAGCAAGUUGUCGUCCCAGGAUAUGGUGCGUAUGCUGCUGUCCCUGCAGCCUUUCCUGCAGGACGCCAUCCAGAAGAAGAGAACAGGACGGACCUGGGAAAACAUCCAACACGUUCAAGGCCCGCUCACCUGGCAGCAGUUCCAUAAGAUGGCUGGGAGAGGCUCCUACGGUUCGGAAGAGUCCCCGGAGCCCUUACCCAUCCCUACGGUGUUACUGGGCUACGACCGAGAGAAGGAGUUUUUAGCGUUGUCACCUUUAGCAUUACCAUUCUGGGAGAAGCUGCUACUGGAGCCGUACGGCGGGCAGCGGGACGUGGCCUAUCUGGUGCUGUGCCCCAACAGCCCCUCCUUGCUGGCGGCGGCCCGGGCCUUCUUCCAGGAGCUCAGCGCUGUUUACGAGACCUGCCGCCUUGGGAAGCACCGUCCUCUGGCCAAGGUUUCCAGGGAGGGUCUUGUGCGUGUGGGCGAGGACGUGGAGCCGGAGAAGCUGGAGGAGCUCGAUGUGGAGCAGUGGCUGACUGGACCCUGGGCUGGACAGCAGCACAAUGACAACCUCAGCAAACUUAAACUCUAUGCUUACGCCUGCAAGCAGCAGCUAGGUCCCCAGCUCUCCGCUCUGCCUCUGGACAGCAGUCUCCUGCUGCCUCCCGUUAACAACACGUCCUCAGUCCAGCCUGCCUCGUCUGGCCCGACUCAAGCCUGGGCUCCUGAAGGAGAGCAGGCUCAAGGUCCUGUCAGCUCAGCAACCGCUCCGACCCCAACUGGAGCGACCUCGGGCCCAGCAGGGGAGACGACUCAAGGAGGAACCAGCGACUCGAAGGGGUCUUCUAGCGCCACGCCACCAGCUAACACACCAGCAGAACCCCCUGAGCUAACUGCAGAGCAGGCUCGAAUCGGCAUCCCCACCCUGGCUGACUCCGUGGACAGCCACUCCAACCCACCAGCGGUUGUCAUUUACAUAGUGGAUGCUUUUCUCAGCUCAGGUGAAGCGAGAGGUGAAGGCGGAGAGGAAGAGGAGGGCGACAAGGUAGAGGCCGGUAGCAUAUGGCUGCUUGGGCUCCUACGCUGUUACACGGAGAUGCUCCAGACUUUGCCUGAGGUGAUGAGACCUGCACUGGUGCUACAGGUGGUGCCAUGCCAGUAUCUUCUGCAGCCGGCCAGCGGGGAGAGUCACCUGUACCUGCAGCACCUGCGCUCCCUGGCCUUCUCUUGUUACUCCCAGUGCAGACGUCUGCUGCCCCAGAAAACACCCAUCAAGUCCCUCACUGGCUUUGGACCAGUGUCCACUGUCAACUCUGUGCUUAAAGGUCCAGAGCAUCCGAGCCCGCUGCAGCUCUACACGGCCCCGUUCAUCCUCACUCCGGCUCGUCCCAAGCAGCCAGAGCAAGGAGAGAUAUGGGCAGAGAUCCCUCCCAGAUACAACGUCCUCUAUGUAGGAUACUGCCUAUCACAUGACCAGCGCUGGAUCCUGGUGUCCUGUACUGACCGUCAGGGGGAGCUCCUGGAGUCCUGUAUCAUCAACAUUGACGUACCCAAUAGAGCGCGGCGUCCAAAGGUUUCAGCGAGGAAGAUGGGACUGCAGAAGCUGUGGGAGUGGUGUAUUGGCAUCAUCCAGAUGACCUCCCUGCCAUGGAGGAUUGUGAUUGGUCGAUUAGGCAGACUCGGGCAUGGGGAGCUAAAAGACUGGAGCUCGCUGCUCGGGGAACACUCCCUCCAUUCAAUAGGGCGCCAGCUGAGGGAGGCUUGUCGCAUGUGUGGGAUCUCAGCUGCCGAAUCUCCCAGCAUUCUCAGCGCCUGCCUGGUAGCCAUGGAGCCACAGGGCUCCUUUGUCAUCAUGCCUGACGCAGUGACCAUGGGCUCAGUGUUUGGACGCAGCACAGCUCUGAACCUGCAGACGUCGCAGCUGAACACACCUCAGGAUGCUUCCUGUACUCACAUCCUCGUCUUCCCCACUUCUUCCACCACCCAGCUGGCACCCAGCUCCUACCCCACAGAGGACAAUAAUGAUGACAUGUUCGAUCUGCCUUUCCCCGACGAGCUGGAGAACGACAUCGGCCACGACAUGAUGCUGAUCACAGGGAACCUCCACCCUUCCCCCAACACCUCCCCUGUGCCCUCGCCCGGUUCUCCGUCCGGGAUGGGAAUGGGAUCCAACUUCAAUCACACCAGGAGCCAGGGAGAGCGCCUGCUGUCCAGGGACAAUCCACCGGAGGAGUUGAAGCAGCAGCCACUGGCUCUGGGUUACUACGUCUCCACUGCACAAGCAAACGGACUCCCUCACUGGUUCUGGGCCUCCUGCCCUCAGGCUGAGAGUCAGUGUCCGCUCUUCCUCAAGGCGUCGCUCCACCACCAUAUCUCCAUCACCCAGUCAGAUGAGCUGGUGUCAGACAAGAGUAAGAGGACCCCUCACCCAUUAGACUCAAAGACCACCUCUGAUGUGCUCAGGUUUGUAUUGGAACAGUACAACGCCCUCUCCUGGCUGACGUGUACCCCUGCCACCCAAGACCGCCAGUCCUGCCUGCCUGUCCACCUGGCUGUGCUGAUCCAAAUGUACAAUGCCAUCCUGAACAUGCUUUAGCCAGUGGAGACUUGAAGGACAUCUGUAGGGGACAGACGGUUUUAUUCCCUCCGUGCCUACACUUCCUCCGAACAGGCACCAGAGAGCGCCAGAACUCUUCUGUUGCUUGUGGGUAGAAAUACAUUUCUAAGGGCCAAAAAAAGGACAGGGCAUGUCCGACUCUCCUGGGGCUGGCAUGUGAUGACAAAGAAAAGUGAAAUGCUUCGGACAAUAAGUUUGGGUUCAACGUGGCUUCGGUGGAAGUCCAGUUUGUACCUUCAAAACUGACACUGUGCCAGUCCUGGUGCUUUCUGAGGAAGAAACAUGUGUGUCCAACUGUGCCCGUUGACACAUAUCACAACGUUAACUCUCUGCUGAUGGAAGAAGCGUCAGGUCCCACAAGGGCGACACAUCUCAGUGGCAUUUUGAAGCAUCUGUGGAUGACAAGGGGCGACAGCGUCUGAUUCUCGCCUGUGCAAAGGGGACGUCUGUGCAGAGCCACAUUAACUCCAUGUUGUACAACCAGCAAAAUGGCAUGACAACACACGCCCAUGGCUUUGUUACAUCGAUGUCGCAUUAAUGUUUUUACAUGUUUUUGUACAGAGCUGCACUGUUGAGCUUCUUGGGACUUGCAGUCGGUCGAUGAACCUCUUACCUUUACUCUGAACAGGGCAAACGUCCUCCUUUACUCCAAAGAGGGAGCAUUUGAUAAUGGCACUUUUUUCCUCACCUUCCAAAGUGUUGUAGAUGCGAAACACGAUGGGAAAUAUUUGAUCAGCUAAGGCGCAGGUGUGUUGUUUAUAAUGUAUGACAUACCUUUGCAAAGAAUUGAGACUUAUUUUUAAUAUUUAAAAUGAGAAAACGAGAAACUUAAACAAGGCCUUUUUUCCCGGUCGACAGUUAAUUGUCUUGGGAUCUGAAAUAAAAAUUUGUCAUUUAAAUGCAAUUGUAAAGAUGCCAUAUUUAUACAAAUUAUAUCAUGUCAUAGAAUUUGAUAUGCUAUAUGUAUAUACAUAAAUAUAUAUUACCUCUUCCAAGCAGGCACUUAAUGAUAAGGCUGGGGGACACAACCAUCUCCCUACACACAGUAUGAACAUUUAUCAAAGAAAAUGCAUUUGAGUUGUUCUGUCUUUUUUAUUUUCUACAGAUACUGAACAUCUUUUUAUUUAAAUGUUUAAAUUAAACGAACUGAUGCAGGAGAUACAGUAUACUGUAUAUUUAUAAAGUGUUCCUCUUCUGCUAAAAGACUUGAAAUAGGCAAUAGAAAAAAACAUGGUAUUUGAACGUUGCAAGGAAAUUAAAUAUUUAAAAAUGAUGCUUUAUUUCAGUGGCUCUCCGAAAUGAUGUCAAGCAAACCAUUAGAAAGGCCCGUCUCUCCAGCUCCGCCCGGUCUGCUCUUUGUUAGAUUCCUAGCAUGUUUGUAUAUACACUUUUCAGCUGUGUUUUUUGGAAUUUCUUAAAGCUGUACAUUUCAUGCUGGUUGGUUUACUUUCAAGUGAUUCAUAUCAAAGUAUUUUUUUGCUGUGAGCUUUUGAUAUAUAUAAAUAUAUAUAUCUAUAUAUCUAUAUAUAUAUAUAGUAUACAGCGCAAAACCCAUUUGAUUACAGCCAAGAGGUUGAAUUGCCAAGUAAAGUGUACACAAAUGUACAGACAAGGGCAAGUUUGCAAAAACAAUUGUUACAUCUCUCAUCACUUUGAAUAUCAGACAGAUCCACUUUACUGGGAGAGAUCUGUUACUUUUACACUCUUUUUUAGUAAAUUAUUAAAACUCUUGAAAAUUA